AUGACUGAUGAGGAGUGGGAUGAUGCCCUCUCCUCACAUCUGUGCGUCUCACCUUCUAUCAACAACAGACUGAUUCAGCUGUACAUGUUCCACCAGUCGUACCUCACCCCGAUACGCUUGGCUAAAAUGGGUAGGCGCCCAGACUCAUCUUGCCACCGUUGUGGACAUCCUGACACUGACUUUAUGCACAUGAUGUGGUCCUGCCAUUAUAUAGCAUCAUUCUGGUCCGAGGUGAUACAGUUUCUUAAUUCCUUAACUCGACGACCAGUGCCGAUGCUCCCGAGGCACUGCCUUUUGGGUCUUUUUGAUGAGGAACUGUGGUCGCCAGCUGAGAUCAUCUUCCUCAGGGAGGUUCUCUUCCUUGCACGCAAGGCCAUAGCAUUGCGUUGGAUGGACUCUAGGACUCCCACGGUUGCUGGUUGGAAGGCCCUCGUGAACACCUCAGUGAACUAUGAGUAUCUGGUUUACAAACAUCGUAAAAAGCCACAGUCAGAGGUGUAUGGAGAGACGAAUCAAACUGUGGUCACAGAGUUUUUCCUCUUAGGAUUUCAGGUCAGUCGAGGGUUAAGACUUUUCCUGUUCUGUCUGUUCCUUGUGGUUUAUUGUCUGACAAUAUGUGGGAAUCUCCUGAUCAUCACCCUGGUGUCCACCAGCAAGAACCUCCACACCCCAAUGUACUUCUUCAUCUCACAUCUGUCCAUCAGUGACAUCUUGGUGAGCACAGAUAUUGUCCCCAACCUUCUCCACAUCCUACUGAAUAAUGGGGGGACCAUGACUUUUAUUGGUUGUAUGACUCAGUUUUAUUUCUUUUGUGCCUCAGAAACAUUUGAAUGUCUUCUCCUCACAGUGAUGUCUUAUGACAGAUAUGUGGCCAUCUGUAAUCCCCUCCGUUACUCCUCUAUUGUAACACAUGGAAUUUGUAUGAAAUUGGCCGCUAUGUGUUGGUUGUUGGGUAUUGCCAUUUCAUCCAUUAUCUCCACAACACCACUGAAGCUAAUUUUUUGUGGCUCCAACAUCAUUGACCACGUAUUCUGUGACAUUCUUCCCUUGCUUGGACUUGUCUGUUCUGAUGCCUUCAUUGUUCAGCUGGAGAUCUAUGUACUAGGUAUCCCAAGUGUAAUAAUCCCAACCACAAUCAUUGUUGGGUCUUAUACUUAUAUUGUUCUAACAAUCCUAAGGAUCCCAUCCAAUUCUGGUAGACAGAAAGCCUUCUCCACCUGUAGCUCCCACCUCAUUGUGGUCUCCAUAUUCUAUGGGACUAUAUUCAGUGUUUAUAUUGUCCAAACAAAAGGACAAACACUGACCAUGAGUAAAAUCCUCUCCCUGCUAUAUACUGUGUUCACUCCUCUGGUCAACCCCAUUAUAUACAGUCUGAGGAAUAAAGACAUUAAGAAAGCUGUACAUCAUUUUAUUAAACAUUGA